CAAAAAAAUAAAAAAACAAAAAAACAAAAAAACAAAAGGACCAUGGAAAAAAACACCAAACAGCGGCAGAGCCCUCUUCGGCCACGCCAACUUCCUCUAAAACCUUAUCCCUCUCCUUCAUCUCCCACUCUCUCUCACAACGCACAGACGCAGUUACAGUUCCAUUAACCCAAUCUAAUCCAAUCCCUAAGGCCGCUCCACAGACCAAUCAAAAACUAAACCCUAAAAGAAAAAAAGAACUAGAAACAAAAACGCUUAUCACCUUCUUUCCCAGAAAACCUCCAUAACAAUUCAGCUGCCAUGGACGGCGAUUCUGGACCAGAAGUGACGCCGCAUCUCUCCAGCUCUCCAGGUUCUAAUUCUGUUUCUAAUCCCUCUCAAUCUUCAAAUAAUGUAGAAACCCAUGUUUUCAAUGUCGAUAAUGUCGAGAACACCAGCGGUGUUGGUGGUUUCAUUGAUGUGAGUGGCGAGAAGGAGGAUUUCGAACCGCCUUUGGAGAAGCCAAUUCUUGGAGGGGAAGAUGUCAAUGCCCCAUAUAUAGGGUACUCUGAAUUUUGGAAGCUUAAUAGCAGAACGACGCCGAAUGCCGACGUUUCCGUGGAUGUUGGUGAUGAUGUAGGUGGUUCCAGAGAUGGGGUUUUGGGGGUUGAGGAGGUGGAUAAGGUCCCUGUUGGUGGUUUUGGGGCUGAGAAGUCUGAGGUUUUGGGAACUGGAAGUGAGGUGGUUUUGGAAGAAGAAAAGGAGGUUUUGUUGGAGGCUGAGUCGGCCAUUACACCUGGUUUAACCAAGAGACCUAGUUUAAGGGAAUUGCUUAAAGAAACCAGUGUCAGUGAUGGUCAGGAGGAGGGUGUUGUUGAGGUCUCCAGGGUGGUUGGAGAGGAAGAUAAAGUGCUUGGAGGUUCGAAAUUGGACGAUGGUGCAGGCUCUGUAGUUGAAGGGAGUCUGGUGGUAGAGGAGUUGGAGGGGACUGACUUGAAGGACGAGAAGGUUGUGGUUGAGCAGGAAAUUGAGGCUUCUAUUGGCAGGCAAUGGGGGGUCUCAAACGAUGAGAAAGAGGCUGAAGUGGUUGGGGAAAGUAAAAUUCUAACUGGUGGGAAUUAUGAAGACAACUAUGUGGCUCCAGAACCAACCGAAAAUAAAUUGGUUGAAGCAGAAGGGGUGACAUUUACUACUGGAGGAGACUCGGUGGUGGAACCUGUUGAUGUCAAUUUGUCAGAAUCUGGAGCAGCUGUUGUUGGGGAUUUUAAGGAAAUUGAGGAAUCGCAAAUCAGAGGAGUUGAGGUUCCCAUUGACAGAGGUGUAAAUUUGGAUAAUGGGCUUGAUAAAAUUUCUGAAGAAUCGGCUUAUAAGUCAUUGCCUAUGGAACCUGAGCUUAAAGUUGAUUCUGAAGCUGAAAAGAACGGGCUAAUGACUGAGAUUUCGGCUGGUGGAGCAGAGCAUGAUGCCAAACCAAUAGAGAAUGUUGAUACUUGUGUAAAUUCUCAGGUGAAUGAAUUGGAAACAGGUGCUACUUUGAACCAUGAGAUAAGGCGAAAGGCUGAGGAUGUGGAUAAGCAUCUUCCAGAUGAAGAAGAUGGGAUUCAUGGUUCGGUUACAGAUGAGGAGACUGAAGGUGUUGUCUUUGGAAGCUCCGAAGCUGCCCAACAAUUUUUGGAAGAGUUGGAACAAGGAUCUGGGACUGGUUCUCAUUCGGGUGCAGAGAGUUCUCGAGAUUAUUCACAGAGAAUUGAUGGCCAGAUUGUCACAGAUUCAGAUGAAGAAGUGGACACUGAUGAGGAAGGAGGUGGAAAAGAACUAUUUGAUUCUGCUGCAUUGGCAGCUCUUUUGAAAGCAGCAACAGGUGCUUCCUCAGAUAGUGGCAAUAUCACCAUAACUGCAUCUGAUGGAUCCAGGCUUUUCUCUGUCGAGCGUCCUGCUGGUUUAGGAUCCUCACUGCGAUCGGUGAAACCCGCUUCCCGACCCAACCAAUCUAGCCUUUUUGCUCCAUCCAAUCUCCCAGGUGAGGGAGACUCAGAUAAUAACUUGAGUGAAGAAGAGAAAAAGAAACUGGAAAAGUUUCAGCAGAUGAGGGUGAAGUAUUUAAGACUUAUUGAGAGGCUAGGCCUUACCACAGAUGAAUCAAUAGCGAGGCAGGUUCUGUACCGGUUAGCACUUGUUUCAGGGAGGCAAACAAGCCAAGUCUUUAGCCUUGAUACUGCAAAGAGAACAGCUCUCCAGCUUGAAGCAGAGGGGAAAGAUGAUAUAAACUUCUCCUUGAACAUACUGGUUCUUGGGAAAACAGGUGUAGGCAAGAGUGCUACAAUAAAUUCUAUAUUUGGAGAAGAGAAGACCCCAAUCUAUGCUUUUGGACCUGCCACUACUACUGUGAAGGAAAUUGUUGGACUAGUCGAUGGAGUCAAGAUUAGGGUUUUUGAUACGCCAGGUCUCAGAUCUGCUGCAAUGGAGCAGAUGGUUAAUCGCAAAAUCUUAUCUUCGGUGAAGAAGGUUACAAGAAAGUGCCCUCCUGAUAUUGUACUCUAUGUAGAUCGGUUGGAUACCCAAAGCAGAGAUCUUAAUGAUUUGCCAUUGUUAAGAUCGAUUACAAGUGCUCUUGGCCCUGCAAUCUGGCGUAGUGCCAUAGUCACUCUAACCCAUGCUGCCUCUUCUCCACCGGAUGGACCUUCAGGUUCCCCUCUGAAUUAUGAGUUGUUUGUUGCUCAGAGGUCACAAAUUGUUCAGCAGGCUAUUGGACAAGCUGUUGGUGAUCUACGGAUUAUGAAUCCAAGUUUGAUGAAUCCUAUCUCACUUGUUGAGAACCAUCCCUCUUGUCGAAAGAAUAGAGAUGGUCAAAAGGUGCUCCCCAAUGGUCAAACUUGGAGAUCUCAGCUGUUGCUUUUAUGCUACUCUAUGAAGAUCUUAUCUGAGGCGAGUAACUUCUCAAAACCUCAGGAUUCAUUUGAUCACAAAAAGCUCUUUGGUUUUCGCGUCCGUUCGCCUCCUCUUCCAUACUUGCUGUCUUGGUUGUUGCAGUCUCGUACGCACCCUAAACUCUCAGCUGAUCAAGGUGGUGAUAAUGGCGAUUCUGAUAUUGACUUGGCAGACCUGUCUGAAUCUGAUGAUGAUGAAGAAGAGGAUGAGUAUGACCAGCUUCCAUCAUUCAAGCCUCUAAGAAAUUCUCAGCUUGCUAAGCUUAGCAAGGAGCAGAGGAAGGCAUACUUUGAGGAGUAUGAUUAUAGGGUUAAGCUCCUUCAGAAGAAGCAGUGGAGAGAAGAAUUGAAAAGGAUGAAAGAAAUGAAGAAGAAAGGCAAGGUCAGCUUAGAUGAGUAUGGUUACAUGGGUGAAGAUGAUCCAGAAAGUGGAUCCCCAGCUGCUGUACCUGUUGCAUUACCUGAUAUGGCCCUGCCACCUUCCUUUGAUGGUGAUAAUCCAGCUUACCGGUACCGGUUCUUGGAGCCAACUUCUCAGUUCCUGGCUAGGCCUGUACUGGACACUCAUGGUUGGGAUCACGAUUGUGGUUAUGAUGGUGUCAACGUUGAACAGACUCUGGCCGUUGCUAGUCGAUUUCCGGCAGCUGUCACUGUUCAAAUCACGAAGGAUAAGAAGGAAUUUAAUAUCCAUCUGGAUUCCUCUGUUGCUGCCAAGUAUGGGGAGAACGGAUCAGCAAUGGCAGGCUUUGACAUCCAAAAUAUUGGAAAACAGCUCGCCUACAUUGUUCGAGGAGAAACUAAAUUCAAAAAUUUGAAGAAGAACAAGACAACUGCUGGCGUCUCUGUGACAUUUUUAGGUGAAAAUGUGUCUACUGGAGUCAAAGUUGAGGAUCAAAUUACACUUGGAAAGCGACUCGUAUUGGUCGGUAGCACAGGAACUGUCCGGUCCCAGGGAGAUGCAGCAUAUGGAGCGAACUUGGAAGUGCGUCUCAGGGAAGCAGAUUUUCCAAUUGGCCAGGAUCAAUCUUCACUGGGUCUGUCGUUAGUGAAGUGGAGGGGGGACUUGGCCCUGGGAGCCAAUUUCCAGUCGCAGUUUUCGGUGGGGCGGAACUACAAGGUGGGUAUUCGAGCAGGAUUGAACAACAAGCUCAGUGGACAGAUAAGUGUUAGAACAAGUAGCUCAGAUCAACUUCAAAUUGCACUGGUGGCCAUUCUUCCGAUCGUCAAGGCUAUUUACAAGAGCAUCCAGCCUGGGGUCAGCGACAACUACUCGCUUUACUAGUUUGUGCUUUUACUCCUCCGUUGGUUUUCUCGUUAGAUUGCAUUGAAAUAUUUACAAGCCCGGUCGCAAUUUACCUUAUGAUUUUUGUCGAAUAAUUAAUGCAUAAUUUUGAUGUUCUUCUUCUUCUAUUAUUGCUUGUGACAUUAUAUUGUACUGAAAAUGAGGUGGAACCUAGAGGGAAUGUAAUGACUAAUAAGCAGCUUCUCUUUUAAUCGAAUUAGAUGUUAUAAGCA